AUGGAACUCGCUGAGAGAAAACAAAGACCAUCUGCUUUCGUAACAGCAGCUUGGGAGAAUUUGACACAUAGAAGUGCUUAUGAUCAAACAUUUACUAGGUUCUUAUUGUUCGCUGACAUGAUUAGAGAGUAUUCUUCCAGUGCUGCACUAGUUAUCUCUACUUUGUUCAUCCCUACAGAUGAUAUGAAUCCUUCAAUUUAUGUCAAUAUUCUGAAACUUAUUUCCAAUAUCCCACCAUGUUUUGCUUUCGUUAGAGGAAACGGUGAAAACGUACUUUCUUGGAAGGCAUAA